AUGCGACCAGCUCGAGAGAACGCAUCAGGUGCUAGAAGCUCGCGCGUUCUCGCUGACUUCGCGCGGAGCACUUCGGCCGGCCUGCCCUUCCCGCCCGACCUGCCGGCCCAGCGGCCCCCAAGCGCCACUCCGACGGACUCUCCUGGUCUUUUCACCGUGGCCGCUCCAACCCCGGGAGCACCUUCUCCUCCCGCCACGCUGGCGCACCUUCUUCCUGCCCCAGCCAUGUACAGCCUGCUGGAGACUGAACUCAAGAACCCCGUAGGGCCGCCCACUCCAGCCUCCGGCACCGGCGGCCCCGCAGCCCCUGGCGGCGCGGGGAAGAGCAGCGCGAACCCAGCCAGCGGCGCGAACGCAGGCGGAGGCGGCAGCGCUGGCGCGAGCGGCGGCGGGGGCAGCGACCAGGACCGCGUCAAGCGGCCCAUGAACGCUUUCAUGGUUUGGUCCCGCGGGCAACGGCGCAAGAUGGCUUUGGAAAACCCUAAGAUGCACAACUCCGAAAUCAGCAAGCGCUUGGGUGCCGACUGGAAACUGCUGACGGACGCCGAGAAGCGGCCGUUCAUCGACGAGGCCAAGCGACUGCGUGCGGUGCACAUGAAGGAGUACCCGGACUACAAGUACCGGCCCCCAGCCGCAGCCGCUGCAGCCGCCGCCGCGGCCAGCAGCCCGGUGGGCGUGGGCCAGCGCCUGGACACGUACACGCACGUGAACGGCUGGGCCAACGGCGCGUACUCACUGGUGCAGGAGCAGCUGGGCUACGCGCAGCCCCCGAGCAUGAGCAGCCCGCCGCCGCCGCCUGCGCUCCCGCAGAUGCACCGCUACGACAUGGCUGGCCUGCAGUACAGCCCCAUGAUGCCACCCGGUGCCCAGAGCUACAUGAACGCCGCGGCCGCUGCGGCCGCAGCCUCGGGCUACGGGGGCAUGGGGCCCUCCGCCGCCGCUGCCGCCGCCGCUGCCUACGGCCAACAGCCCGCCGCCGCCGCCGCCGCCGCUGCCGCCGCCAUGAGCUUGGGCCCCAUGGGCUCGGUGGUGAAGUCCGAGCCCAGCUCACCGCCGCCCGCCAUCGCUUCGCACUCGCAGCGCGCGUGCCUCGGCGACCUGCGCGACAUGAUCAGCAUGUACCUGCCACCCGGCGGGGACGCGGCUGACGCUGCGUCUCCGCUGCCCGGCGGCCGCCUGCACGGCGUGCACCAGCACUACCAGGGCGCCGGGACUGCGGUCAACGGAACGGUGCCGCUGACCCACAUCUGAGCUCCAGCCUGCGCUCCUAGCUCUUCGUCCCCACCCCGCCCCACACCCCCACGUUGGGACGCCUUGUUGUUUAGCUUUGCUUGCCUGGGACUGUUGCCUUGUACCGAAGAUGGGGAGAGGACAGAAAGUUUGGCUGUAGCUGUCGGGUUUUGUAUGAGAGCAAAAAAAGUCAGGAGCAGCGGAAAUGGGACUUUCUGGGGCUGAGCCCCCCCCCGACCGCUGCCCC